UCCAGUAAGAAUCAACUGGAAGGAGGAGAAACAGUGUCAUUGAAUUGAGUUAAUCUGUAUUAGAAGGACACAGUACUGUAUUUACUGCCCUAAAUGAUCUAAUGCUCUGGUAUUUCUGUUUAUUUGUGCUGUUGUCCUUAAUUCUCUCCAUGUGGAUAUAAUGAGAGGAUGGCUAAGAGAGGCGAUGAUGGUGCGAUGCUGAUUCCAACCGCUGUAAAAGAUAAGAGUGAGGAUACUAAUCUUGGGGGUGAAAACAUGGAUUGCGGCGAUGGUGAAGGUCUGUCUUUGGAAGAGAUUUUAAAGCUUUACAAUCAGCCGAUCAACGAAGAGCAGGCAUGGGCAGUUUGUUACCAGUGCUGCGGGUCACUGUUGCAGGGGUCCAGGCGCAGACAUUUUUCUAGAAGCGCUGGAUGCUACGGCAGAAGGAUUGAGGGAGCCGCAGAUGUUUGGGUCAGGAGAGACGGAACGGUACUAGUGCAAGAUGGACAGGACAGUCCAGACAAAUCCAGACUAUCGAUGUUUACAGCAGCUGAGGUGAUUGAGUCUUUAGGCAUUGUGAUCUAUAAAGCACUGGACUAUGGCCUAAAGGAGAAUGAGGAGAGGGAGCUAAGUCCACCCUUGGAGCAUCUUAUAGACCGCAUGACUAACUUUGUGGAAGAUCGGGAUGUGAGUCGAGAUGAGGGCUUUGAGGCAACUGAGGAGGAGGAUGAGGAGGACAAAGAGCCUCAGGACGUCACCAACUUACAGGGCUUCAGGGAUGUCCUUAAGCUAUGUGCUGCACACCUGCCAAGUCCCUCAGACGCCCCCGAUCACUACCAGGCUGUAUGCCGAGCGCUUUAUACCGAAACCAAGGACCUAGGAACUUUCCUGGAGAAAAUCAAGAGCGCCAAAGAGAAUCUGAGGAAGAUGGAGGGGGUGACUACCGAAGAAUCCAACAAAGAUCUGGAUGAGCCAAAUUUCUUAAUUCUGACCCAUUGGGGCUGCCCUUUUAAACGAGCCCAGAGUGCAGAAGUGCUGGUCCACGACCGAGAACCAGUCGGAGAGAAAGAAACUGUGUUUCAGAGUGAGACACCCAAGGUCCCUUCACGGUUCCAGACCGCUCUUCAGCGUCCCCUGACCCAAACUCGGUCUUACUGGAACUUUGCUCAUGACGGGGCUUCGGGUUCAGUGAUCGCCAGGUCCUUCGGGACGAGAUUGUCGAAGAAGGCUACAGGUAAGAGAGUGUUAUUUGUCAUAUCUCAAUUGCAGGUCAAUCGAGAUAUCCCUCCCAAGUUAAAAAAGAGUGCACAUGAAAUUAUUCUGGACUUCAUACGAUCUCGGCCCCCAUUGAAUCCAGUUACUGCUAGGAAACUGAAACCCAUUCCCUGGCGUCCCAGAAGUCUACAUGAGAGGAUUCUGGAAGAGAUCAAAGCUGAGAGGAAACUGCGGCCUGUCUCCCCUGAUGAGAUUAGAAGAAGCAGACAAGAUGUGUCCACCUCAGAGGCACACCAUAGAGCUGGUGCCACUGCAUUGGCCAAUGGUGCGGUUGCAGCUCAGAGCCAGCUUAACAGUGUGGGCACAGCCCACACGGCGGUGCAGAGGAAGAGGCUACUGAAGGCACCUACUUUAGCAGAACUCGACAGCUCUGACUCUGAGGAAGAGUGCAGUCACAGGUCUGCAAGCAGCACCAGUGUAUCUACAUCACAGAUGGAGGAUACUUCUCCAGAAUCUGCUGUUGGCAAAAAGACAUAUCCAAGGUUCCUGCCCAUAUCAUCCACCCCUCAGCCUGAGAGACGCCAGACCCCUCAGAGGCGGCACUCCAUUGAGAAGGAGACCCCAACGAAUGUACGACAGUUCCUGCCUCCCUCGCGCCAGAACUCCAAGUCUCUAGAGGAGUUCUGUUACCCAGUCGAAUGUCUGGCUCUGACUGUAGAAGAGGUGAUGCACAUCAGACAGGUCCUGGUGAAGGCUGAACUGGAGAAGUUUCAACAGUAUAAAGAUGUCUACAAUGCACUGAAGAAAGGAAAGCUGUGUUUCUGCUGCCGAACGAAGAGAUUCUCCUUCUUCACCUGGUCCUACACCUGCCAGUUUUGCAAAAGGCCGGUGUGUUCGCAAUGUUGUAAGAAGAUGAGGUUGCCCUCAAAGCCAUAUGCAAACCUGCCUAUCUACUCCCUGGGAUCAUCUACUCUGCAUAAGGAAGAGAGUGUACCUAAGCCAGAGAAACCUUCUACCAGUCUCCACAGACAGCAUAGUCUAUACAAAACUGUCUCCAGAUUCUCACCUGCCUCUAAGUCAGUGGAGUCAAGUGAUGACCUUGAGCUUCCCAAAGAGCUUACAGAGGACUGGAGCACCAUGGAAGUAUGUGUGGACUGUAAAAUGUUUAUCUCCGAGAUCAUCUGCUCCAGCAAGCGGAGCCUUGUGCUGGCCACCAAACGUGCUCGCUUAAAACGGAAAACACGGUCCUUCUACGUGUCCUCUCCUGGCACCUCAGACUACCGCCCGUCCGAGAGAACUAUUAAAGAGGUUUAGAUGGAUGCUUUUUUUAAUGUUUAUUUUUGUUUUAUUGUAAUGCAUUUAUUUGUAUUCAAAAUCACAGGUUGUACGUGGUACAUUCUUACCUGAAUGCGCACAUCUGUUAUGUUCCAGCUGUUGCUGGAUUGCAGAUGUUUUCUCAUGUAUCUAUGUAGCUGUGUUUGGAUGUCUUGUAUAUUUCACUCCAAAUAGCAGCCCCAGGUGGAGGCUAAAGGAUGCAAGUUUAUUAUCUUUACUUUGUGUAAUGCUCCAGUAUGGACUUAAUUUUGUCAUUUUUAAACUUGGUGAAAAAUGGAGAUAAACUAAUUGGCUCAAAUGAAGAGUAGUAGCCCUUCUACAGGGUUUAGAAAACAAAUAACAUUAAAGUCGAGUACACAGUCUUUAAUGUGCAGUGCCAAGAACAACCAGGGGACAGUAUACCUAAAAGUGUCUACAAAGAUUCCCUGUGCUUAAUGUCGAUGUGAUUAAAGCUUUCUAUUUAAGAAGUUUUGAGAUUGGCGUCUCUAAAUCUGCUCACAUCUGUUAUAAUCAGGGGCUCACAUAACUUUUAACACUAGGCACGUUAGUACCAGCAGAAAUGGUGUGGUUCCUAAUUUAGGGGUCAUCAUCCAAGUCACUGUCUAGCUCCACCUCCUCCUCUGACAGUUCAACAGUGUCAAAUACCACAACAAUACUUUUUUAAAUGUUUAAGUAGGAGUCUCGAUUGCUGGUUAUUACAGUUCUUAACAAAUCAUAACGUAUUCUGGAUUGAUUUCAAUAUCAUACCACUAUAUUGCCGCUCUGGGGAUUCAAAAGCAAAAACCCAAACACUUCUUCACUUUAUUAGUGUUGUUGAACACAUUAGCUUGAUGGCAGAAUGGUGUUUAUAUAAGGACAUAACUGAGGGUGUAAAAUAUUAUUUUAAAAUGGUUAAGUAAAUGUAUUUUUUUAAACUCACAGCUUUCAAACAUCAAGACCUCUCUCACUCACUCUGUUUGGGAAGCAGAGUGUUAGCGAGCUUCCUUAAUGCCACACCCCAUAACUGCAUCUGUCUUCUCUGAAUGGACGGAUAAAUAGAGAUCCCUGCUAUCAUUGGUUGUUUCAAUUGCCCAUUAAAAUAAUUAUUGAUUUAUGAACUGGAGUGGUUUCAACUAUCACUCUCCAUUUUUUUAAUUAAAACUUGAAGCAGCCAAUAAUAUCGUUAGCAAGGGGGUCUAAUUAAAUUGGAACCCUCCCAGAGAUCACUGACGGAAUCCGGAGACCCUGAGUGAGUCAUCCCCUGCCAGUCAUGUGAUCAGGUAUGUCACACACAGAGAAGGCCGGAGAUAAUGCACCCCUUACAAUUCAAAAAACAUUGCUGACAUUUGUUCUCUUAUUUGUUGUGUUAUUUACUGCAUGUUUUCUGUAUAAUAUGUAUUAUGUAAUGCUACUCCAUAAUUAAAAAAAUGA